AUGUCUACCCUAAGCGGGCCUUCGACGCUUGGUCGCAUAGGUAGCGAAACACACUUUAUUCCCCAUGAUGGCAUCGAUGGGCGAGCUCUCUCUUUUGGACACGAGCAAUCGGGACACCAAACCCCAACUACUCGCUACGGCUCUUCUGACCCUAUGGAAGUCUCUCGCCAUGGAAAUAUGCAACUUCCAUCUAGUGAUGGGGCAGAGCAUUCGUUGAGCAAGGUGUGUCUCUCAUGGUACCAAUCCUUUGUGCAUGUGAUCUCACAAUCCCAGAAGCAGAAGCUAGAUCACAUCAAAGCUGAACCUUUGAGUGGACAACCAUCGGAUUUUGAGAGAAUACUGGCAACUCUCUCUCCCAAAUCGAUCCAAACCACCCGUCCCGAAGCUGAUCCUUCCUCUGGACCGUCCCAGGUUGCCCCAAUUAUCGAAUCACUGCCAACUCCAUACGCCACAGUUCCUCAUCAAUCCCACAGCCAGGAGGAUAACACGGUGGAGUUGCGUCGUCUCAAGCAAGAGCUGCUGGCUGCAAACUCAAAAAUAGCUUUGCAGGAGCAAGAGCUCGCCCAGACCCGCGUGAUAAAGCAUACCUUAGACCAAGCCCUUGGUCCCCCAUCCGAGGCAGAUUUCAGCAGUCGUGAGAUAAGAGAACAAACCAUCAGUCCCUUGCAGAACGUUUUCAAUGGGUCGAGCUCUGCUUUCGGCCAAUUCCAAGAUUCUUGGGCUGGCCAAGACGACUCACAGUCUGAUAUCUCGGAGCCAUUGUCUACAGGACCCUACGGUGGAUCUCGCGGGCCGUGGGCCCGUCUUGAGCCUGCUCUCGACAGGGACUAUAGUGUGCCUCUUUUGGUCUCUAACAAUCCCGCAAGCCAGGAUCCUAGCCGAUUCUGGGCCACUUCUGGUAUCUAUCCUCCGUUCACGGGAUCCUCGUCUCUACAACCCCAGAGAAUCCUUUCGAGGCCUUCGGCCAGUCCAUGCGCGUUCUACUCGCGUCCCAUGGGCGACCAGACGCAGUUUCCCGCAGGCUCAAUUCCUGGACCUCGUCGCCUUAACACUCAAUGCAGCCGUGGCGGGUCUCUGUUCCCAGCCCGGUCCACUCCUUGGAGUGAUUUCUCUUCUGCAUCUUCCAGUGACCAGACCCCGAAGUCACCGACGUCACCCGCAAAGAGACCUCUCAGUGCUUUGCAACAGGCCGGCCUUUACCCAGUGCCUUCUUACCAUCCCCGGCCAAUUGGAAGCCCUCUUUCUCCUACUGCCAGUGAGUUUAUGGGUUCCAGUGCUAAUGAUAGCUCUUGGUCCACUUCCGCGAUGAGCGGCAAUUCCAUUCAAACAUACGUGUCGCCGCUUGAGCCUCUCAACUACCGACGGCUCCUUGACAAGAACGUGUCAUGUGAUUGGAAAUAUAUUGUAGACAAAAUAGUCUGCGGUAACGAUCAACAAGCUUCGAUUUUCUUGCAACAAAAGCUGAAAGUCGGCACAACCGAACAGAAACAUGAUAUUAUCGAGGCAAUUGUUCACCAAGCCUACCCACUCAUGGUCAAUCGCUUUGGAAAUUUCCUUGUCCAACGCUGUUUUGAGCACGGAACCCCAGAGCAGGUUGUUGCCAUCGCCAAUGCAAUCAGAGGCAAUACACUAAAUUUGAGCAUGGAUCCAUUUGGCUGCCAUGUGAUUCAAAAGGCUUUUGACUGUGUCCCAGAGGAGCACAAAGCUUUGAUGGUGCAUGAACUCCUUCGCAGAAUUCCCGAGACAGUGAUCCAUCGGUAUUCCUGUCAUGUUUGGCAAAAGCUCUUCGAGCUUCGGUGGAGUGGUGAGCCUCCACAAGUGAUGAUCAAAGUGAACGAGGCACUACAGGGGAUGUGGCACGAGGUUGCUCUGGGGGAGACGGGUAGCUUAGUUGUUCAAAACAUCUUUGAAAAUUGUGUCGAGGAUGAAAAGAAGCGACCGGCAAUUGAAGAAGUGUUGGCAAAGAUUGAUGUACUCGCUCAUGGGCAAUUCGGAAAUUGGUGCAUCCAACACAUCUGUGAGCACGGUGCUCCUCAUGACAAGAGCCGUGCUGUGGAGCAUGUUCUCCACUGGGCUGUUGAUUACAGCAUGGAUCAGUUUGCAUCUAAGAUCGUGGAAAAAUGCCUCAAGAUCGGAGGUACGGAGUUCAUGGAUCGGUAUCUCACUCGCGUCUGCAUCGGGCGUUCUGACCGACCUCGCAUGCCAUUGAUUGAUAUAGCGGGAGACCAGUAUGGCAAUUAUCUUAUCCAAUGGAUUCUGAUGAAUGCUCCGUCACACCAACGAGAGGUUGUGGCCAGUCAUAUCAGAAAACACAUGGUCUCUCUUCGUGGCUCCAAGUUCGGCUCUCGUGUGGCUAUGCUUUGCUGUAACCCGUCUCAUGCUACUCGCCCAGGUCCCGGUGCCGGUAUGCAAAUCGGUCGCUUCAACAACUUCAAUGAAGACAAGUUUUCAACCACGAGCCAGCCCAGUGGUCGAUUCGGCCGUGGGCAUCAAUGGGGACCCAAUUAUGCGCCCGUCCAUUGA